AUGGUCUUCGUCCUUCGUCUUGCGUCAAGUAUAAUUUUAGCGAAGCAUUUAUUUUUUAAUGCAUUUGUUGGAAAUAAGUUUGGACAAAGAGAAUUGGUACGGAGAACCAAAUCAAAGUCAUCAAACAUGUCUGCAGACCUGAUGGGUAUGAAGGAAUCCUUUAGCUUUAUGGUGCAAAAGGUCCAGCCAUGGAUCCUGUCUCAUUUUAUGAUUUGGUUGGAUCUCAAAGUGGCUGAAUACAAGGUACAUGGCCACAUGAUUUUGGAUCAAACAGGUAUUCCAUCUCUACAUUGGCUCUCAGACAAUGUGUGUUCUCAGCCAAGCAAAGCCCCCAGAACACCUUUCAAGGAAAAUCAUGAACCUGAGGAAUUUGAAGUUCUUGAUCAAUCACAGAUGGCAACAAUUGCUAAGCAGUAUUCCAUGUCCUCCCAACCACAACCCUACCACAGUGAAAUGUCCCAGGAAUUUAACGACAGAAUAAUUGUGCAGAAUGUCUCUACUUUCAAGUUACAAAAUACAAGUCGACGGAAAGCUGGAUCUAACUCGAGUGGAAACAAAAAAUGGACCUCAAGUAAAGUUAACAACCGCUCUCUUAAUGUAUCUGGAAGCAAACUCAUGUGUCAGACAUGUGGCACAUUUUUCCGCUGCAGGUCAUCGUUAUCUCGUCACAAAUGGUUACAUGGAUUCAGUAAUUUCUUUUCUAUCUCCUCAGGGGAAUUAUUUUUUGGGGACAAUUGA